AUGAUCGGCCUGUCCUACGCCGCCGUGCCGCUCUACAAGCUCUACUGCCAGGCGACGGGCCUCGGCGGCACGGCGGUGAGCGGUCACGACUCGGACCUGGUGGAGAGCAUGGAGCCGGUGAAGGAGCGCGUGGUCAAGGUCACCUUCAACGCAGACACGCACGCCAGCAUGCAGUGGAACUUCAGACCUCAGCAGACGGAGAUCUUCGUGGUCCCGGGUGAGACGGCGCUGGCCUUCUACAGAGCAAAGAACCCCACAGACAAGCCCAUCGUUGGCAUCUCCACCUACAACGUGGUGCCCUUCGAGGCGGGACAGUACUUCAACAAGAUCCAGUGCUUCUGCUUCGAGGAGCAGCGUCUGAACCCUCACGAGGAGGUGGACAUGCCCGUCUUCUUCUACAUCGACCCCGAGUUCGACGUGGACCCCAGGAUGGCUCGCGUGGACACCAUCACGCUGUCCUACACCUUCUUCGAGGCCAAGGAGGGCCAGCCUCCGCCUCUGCCGGGCUACGGCUCCCGCUGA